GGGCCUCGGGCGGAAGGGGCGGGGCCAGCGGGCUCGUCUCCCCGAAGGGGCGGUGUUCGCCCGCCGCCCAGGCCCUGGAUUCUCGCGGGAGGGGAGCGACCAUGGCGGCGGACAAGGCGGGCGAUCAGGGAACUGAGAAACAUGAAGGAACAGUUACUUCCUCUGGGAUUACUGAUCAGGAAAAGGAGCUGUCAAGUAGUGCAUUACAAGCUUUUAAUGCUGGGAAUUAUGAUGCUUGUCUGCAACAUCUUAGCUGCUUGCAAGAAAUAAACAAAGAUGACUACAAAAUAACUUUGAAUACAGCUGUUGCAGAGUUCUGUAAAAAUAACCAGACUACAACAGACAACUUGAAACAAACACUUAAUCAACUGAAGAAUCAGGUUCAUUCAGCUGUUGAAGAAAUGGAUGGCUUAGACGAUGUUGAAAACAGCAUGCUUUACUACAAUCAGGCGGUUAUUCUGUAUCAUCUGCGUCAAUACACUGAAGCAAUAUCGGUUGGAGAGAAGCUUUACCAGUUUAUAGAACCUUUUGAAGAGAAGUUUGCCCAGGCUGUGUGCUUCCUGCUUGUAGACUUGUAUCUGCUAACUUACCAGGCUGAGAAAGCCUUGCAUCUGCUUUCCGUUUUGGAAAAAAUGAUUUCUCAGGGCAAUAAUAACAAAAAUGGAAAAAAUAAUGAGACAGGUAAUAACGCAAAUAAGGAGUCAUCUAAUCAUAGGGCUGAAAGUGGAGCUUUAAUAGAAGCUGCAAAAUCUAAGAUACAUCAGUAUAAAGUGAGAGCCUAUAUCCAGAUGAAGUCUCUAAAAGCAUGCAAAAGGGAGAUUAAGUCUGUUAUGAAUACAGCUGGAAAUUCUGCUCCUUCUCUCUUUCUUAAGAGCAAUUUUGAGUAUUUGAGGGGGAAUUAUCGGAAAGCAGUAAAACUGUUAAACAGCUCAAACAUUGCUGAACAUCCAGGAUUCAUGAAAACAGGUGAAUGCUUAAGGUGCAUGUUUUGGAACAAUCUCGGCUGCAUUCAUUUUGCUAUGGGAAAGCACAAUUUAGGAAUCUUCUACUUUAAAAAGGCCCUGCAGGAAAAUGAUAAUGCAUGUGCACAACUAGGAACAGGUAGCACAGACCCAGGCAAGAAAUUUUCAGGGAGACCUAUGUGUACGUUGUUGACUAAUAAACGGUAUGAAUUGCUAUACAACUGUGGAAUUCAGCUUUUACAUAUUGGGAGACCCCUAGCUGCUUUUGAAUGCUUGAUAGAAGCUGUCCAAGUUUACCACUCAAACCCACGCCUCUGGUUGAGACUAGCAGAAUGCUGCAUUGCUGCCAACAAGGGGACAUCAGAACAAGAAACUAAAGGUCUUCCAAGCAAAAAAGGAAUUGUACAAUCUAUUGUAGGUCAAGGCUAUCACCGUAAAAUAGUCCUUGCCUCACAGUCAAUACAGAAUGUUGUUUAUAAUGAUGGGCAGUCCUCAGCUAUCCCUGUAGCCAGUAUGGAGUUUGCAGCGAUUUGUCUAAGAAAUGCCUUGCUGUUGCUGCCGGAAGAUCAGCAGGAGCCAAAGCAGGAAAAUGGAUCUAAAACUAAUAACCAGUUGGGAGGAAACGCAGAGAACAAUGAAAGCAGUGAAGCAUGCAGGCUUGAAGGUCACUGCUCGCAAUUAACAGGCUGUCUUCAUUUCAGCAGUAAAAGUCAUGAAGGAGAUAAAUUCAUUCCAGCUCCACCUUCUUCACCUCUGAGAAAACAGGAAUUAGAAAAUUUAAGGUGUUCAAUACUUGCCUGCAGUGCUUAUGUUGCUCUGGCUUUGGGUGAUAACCUUAUGGCUUUGAAUCAUGCAGAUAAACUUCUUCAGCAGCCAAAGCUGUCAGGAUCUCUUAAGUUUCUUGGCCAUUUGUAUGCAGCAGAGGCUCUCAUCUCUCUAGACAGAAUAUCUGAUGCCAUUACUCACUUGAACCCUGAGAACGUCACUGAUGUUUCCCUGGGGAUCUCUUCAAACGAACAGGAUCAAGGGUCAGACAAAGGAGAAAAUGAGGUGAUGGAAUCUUCUGGCAAGCAGACACCCCAGUGUUAUCCCAGUUCAGUCACUUCUGCACGAACAAUGAUGUUGUUUAACCUUGGCAGUGCUUACUGCUUGCGAAGUGAAUAUGAUAAAGCUCGCAAGUGUCUCCACCAGGCUGCUUCACUGAUCCAUCCCAAAGAAAUUCCCCCGGAGGCCAUUCUACUGGCUGUGUAUCUUGAACUACAGAAUGGUAACACUCAACUGGCACUGCAGAUCAUCAAAAGAAACCAGCUUCUCCCUUCAGUGAAAACACACACUGAUAUGCGAAAGAAGCCAAUAUUUCAGCCAGUCCACCCUAUCCAGCCCAUUCAGAUGCCAGCUUUCACCACUGUGCAAAGGAAGUGAAGUCUUGCUAUAACCUGACAGGCCCUAAGGAAGAGGGCUUGUGAGUUUGUAUAUUUUUUAAACUGUCUCUUAGCCACCUGAAUACCAGGCAUAUUGGAAUGUGCUGGCUUGUGUACAUUUUUAAUAAAAAAAAAAACAAAAAACAUUUCAAUGAAAAAAUCAUGUCUGAAGAUGUUUGUAAAAGGCAUUUAGUGUGGAACAUUUACAUUUUAAUUACUAACAGGCCUGAUAGCCACCAUCUAUGCUGUUAAUCGUUUUAACUCACACUCUUUGCAGUAGUCAUUAGUUUUGAUUCUGCUUUUUUCAUACAGAGCAGUUUCUGUUUGCAUCACUGCUCACUUCUAUUAAUUGUCAGUACAGACAAUCAGACAGCGCAGCUGCCUCUUUUUGUUAACGGAGAGCCUCUGCCCAAGCUCUCUACUCUUCAGGCUUCUUAGGUACCAGGGACAAACCACCAUCAUCAGAUCUGUACAAAAAGUAAGUCAUCUGCCAACCUGAGACCAUUGUGAUCAUCUAGUCUGGCCUGUGCUAACCAGGAUGCCAUAGAAACAAUAGUAUUGUAGCUACUAUAUCAGAGACCCCUUUUCUCUGCUGUUUUUGCUAUGUCACCUUGAGACAUUUACUGGAUUCUCUACCUGCAGACAGCUACUGUCUGCAAGUUUCUGUUUUACAAGAAGAGAUUUAACUGUUAUAGGUGACUUUCCUCAGCUGUCUCCAAUCUUAAAGACCUUGUAUAGCUGGGCCUAUGGUUUUAUUUCCUUAAAGCUACUCCCUGUAUAGAUUCUGCCAUGUACGAUAACACUUCUUAAAAAAAGGUUUUAGUCCAUAGAUAAGCCUGAUUUAUUAUCUUGAAAGGUAUAGAGUGGAUUGAUGAUGAUGGUACCUAUCGGAGCAUCAGAAUUGUGAACUGCGGGAGCCUUGGGUUUGUUCUGUGUCCUCCCAGUAAAUACAGCCCAUCACUGCUAAACUGCAUGGUGGGAUGAAUGGAAGAUAGGCAGAGACUAAACACCUCUUCACUUGUGCCUUAAACUAGGAGAGGAGCCCUGGGUGUUAGUGCAUUGGGCUACCUAAGCUCCCGUGCACAUGCUACUUUGCUACACGCAAUGCUUCGUACUUCUAAAGCCUGCUUGUACGCAGUGGUGUGUCUCCCAUGUCUUGCAGCCUGACCCCAUUCUAGUCUGAGCUAACUUGCCAAUUUUAGGGUUGCGUUAGCUUGGUGUUGAGUCAAUUGAUGUAAAGUUAGCUUGGAAUGUUUUAAAUAGUAAAGAUAUAUCAAUAGCUAUUAAUACAUUUAUGUAGACAAAUGUCUGAAACACAACAAGCUGCUUUAUACAUAUGAGGCAGAAACCUCAGACUGGCUAAGUCUCUUAGCUCCGGCCAGAAGAACUUUUACAGGAAGGUUGGACAAAUGCUCACCAUGAGAAUAGACAAGUGUCAGACUAAGGGCUUGUCUACACUGGCACUUUAAAGCGCUGCAAUUUUCUCGCUCAGGGGUGUGAAAAAACACCCCCCUGAGCACAAGACGUUUCAGUGGUGUAAAGUGCCAGUGUAGACAGUGCACCAGCGCUGGUGGCUACGUCUCUUGUUCAGGUGGGGUUGGGUUUAUUUUUUUGGUUUUGUUUUUAAGAGCGCUGGGUCCUUGCUGCUUGUAUUUAACUCCAGCAGUGGGGAAACAUUGGCAAGCCACCGCUGCACAAGUCAGGUUAAAGCUCUGCCACGGCUAUAUGAAUAAUCCAUAUGAAAAUGGCUAAACAGUGUGCGUCAGUGCCUUGAGAGCAAUCCGUUCCUCUUCUACAUAGUUAUAGCCCUGCAGGCUUGGUAGGUUUGCAGUGCAAACUAUAUGCAUCUCAGUUUCCUUCAUAACACAAAAAGAACAGGAGGACUUGUGGCACCUUAGAGACUAACCAAUUUAUUUGAGCAUAAGCUUUCGUGAGCUACAGCUCACUUCAUCGGAUGCAUACUGUGGACUAUCAACUUCAUAACACAGCCUCCCCUGAGUCCUACUACUGCCCAGUGGGGGUUGUGUCUCCUUCUCCAAGAAUCUCUUUUUACUGCGUAGGAGCAUGCAUACACACGUGUACAAUGCAGGCAUUCUAGUAACCAGUAAGUGUUCUUACAGGGCUUUGGUUCCUCUGAAUUAGGCAUAGGUGCCCUCCUCCCCUCUUUUAUUUAAGAGCCAGUAAAACAGGCUCUAGUGUUGGAAUUUAAACCUCAUUUCUCCACUGUCCUUGUGAGUAUAAGACCAUCAGUGUACCACACAGAGCAGCUUCAGCACUUAAAGAGCUGAUGAGGCUGCAGCACCCUGUGAGCAUUUCAACUAACUUUUUUGGAGGGUCAGGGGGGUAGGGUGUGAACUCACGCUUGGAUUAAUUCAAAGGAGUAGCCUGCAAAUUUCACUUUCCAGGUGGGUGGUUGUGUUACUGUUUAUGGGAUCUCGCAGGUACAUCUGGUACAAAUACGCUUAGGCAGAGCUAAACCUUGUGAUUUUACUAGCACUAAUGUUUGUAGAAAGUAAAAUGCAAAACAAUUGCUGCACAUAUGUGCAAAAGCAUUGCUCUAAAAUAAAAACACUUGUCCAAUCUUUACAGCAAUCACUCAGCUCUAUCAACAAGCCCCAAGCAGUUACUUCAGAAGCUGCCUGAAGCCAGCAUGACCCCUAUCAAAACUUAGCAAGUGCUCAUCUUGAUGAGUACAGUCAAUGCUAAAAGGCCAUAAUCUAGCUGGGUCAUUAGUGUCCAAGUCCACCUGGAAUUUACUAGCCUACAUCCUUAUAGUCACUAGAAUGGGAGUGGGUAGUAGGUGAUCAAGACAUUAGCUUGCAUAGUAGUCACUUGAGCCAAGAAUGUACCAUAAUUCAAAAGGGACUGUGUGUGCGUGUUUGCCAACCAACUCUGAAUAUCUGCAAUAUGAACAUUUUGGAAGGGUUAAGAUAAUCACCAUUAGGGGGAUAGAUCACCCUCAUUUGCUUACUGUGGGAUCUUUCUCUUUCUCUUACUGGCUGUUGUCAGACUGAAGUAGUCAGACCUUUGGUCUCAGGCAGUUUGGCCAUUCCUGUGCAGUAAUGAGCUGUGGGUCGGUUCAGCUGCAUUUCUUCUGUACCACAUAGUUGUCCAUACCUGUGCAUUUUUUUCUAGCCACCGGAAAGUAUGCUCAUAGGAAUGCUGCCUCUGAGUGGCUGCAGGCCAGUGCUGUCAACACAGUGAUGCAAAUGAGCUCUGAGCACAGGAAAGUAUGUCAGUAUGCCAAAUCACCUAAGCAGUGGCCAGCAUCCCCUGUAGGAGGAACAGUAGCAGGCUGGCUUGCUCUAGAGGGGCUAUUAGGCCAGUCCCUUUCCGCACUCAUGGAAAUGGUUAGUCUUGCUUGUUGCAGAGGCUAAUUUAAACAUUGAUGUGAACACAACAGUGAGAAUUGUGCAUGAAUGGUCAUUAGCAUGGAAUAGGUCCUUGCUGCUUGUAUUUAACUCCAGCAGUGGGGAAACAUUGGCAAGCCCGUUAACUUAGCACUUGGUGAAAAUGGAAAGCUUAUAGGCCAUGAUACCAAGCCCUGGAGAAGUAUUUGAUUAAUAGGGAAGCCUUCAAAUGAAAUGAUGGGCCAGGACUGUGAAUGCCCAGGAGCUGGUGCCAAAGUCACAACUCUGUUUUUGCUUAGACAGCAAAUUAGCUUCUCUACCAUCUCACUCCCGGGCUUUUGAAGUCAAAGCUGCCCAGGUAAUAUUUCAAUGUGACAACAUGGAAAGAUGCAUUAAUGUUGUUUCAGGAUCAGUUGUCUGCAAAGUUUAUGUCCCCCUCUCCUAUAUACUUUAACUUCAGCACUCAGCCUGAAGUAUUCUGAAAUAUGUUUGAAAGGUGACCUCUGCUUAUUUCUAUAAAAGGGGUUAGUCAUAUCACAGCACAUUGACUGAUUCAAUAUAAAAAGGUUGAAAGAUGCUUUCUGUGUGGUCUCCUCCUGAAGAAAGGGUUUUCCCUCCCCCUCCUAGGAAUGUGGAGUAUUCACAUGCAGAAAUGCUAAUGUAUCGUUUCAGCAUUUCUCAGCUCCACGAGAAGACAUGCAACAUUACGCUCACCGGUUUGCAAAAGGAUGCAGUUGUUGUUCCCCAGAUACCACCUAUCUAAUCACACUUGAGCGGAACUAUUCAUUCUUAACUCUCCCUUGAAUCAGAAUGCUCUUCUGGCCCAAGAGAGGCUGAAUGCUAAUGUAGGCUUGUAGUUUGAACCAGAGACGCCUCAGUAUUUUCCUGCAGCAGAAACGCUUUCAGAAAUUGGCUGUAUAUUUAAAAAAAAAAAACCAAAACCAACUCCUAAUGAACUAAUGCCUGAGCUCAGCUCUGAAAUAUUUACUAGGGCUGUGGGUUAAUUCCUGUUAACUCAAAAAAAUAAAUUGCGAUUAAAAAACAAAUCAUGAUUAAUGGCCGUUUUAAUCACACUGUUAAGUGAGAGAAUACCACUGGAAAUGUGUUCAGUAUUGUGGAUUUUUUGUUACAUUUUCAUAUCUCUUGUAUUCUGUGUUGUAAUUGAAAUCAAAGUGUAGAUUUUGAUGACAGUGCAAAUAUUGUAAAGAAAAAGUGAAUGAGGUGAAUUGAAAAAUACAAGUACCAUAGUGCAGCAGUCUUUGUCCUGAAAGUGCAACUUACAACUGUAGAUUUUUUUUUUUUUUUUUUUGGCUACAGAAUGGCACUCAAAACCAAAACAAUGUAAAACUUCAGAGUCAACAAGUCCACUCAGCCGAUCACUAAGACAAACAAGUUUGUUUACAUUUACAGGAGAUAAUGCUGUCCUCUUGUUAUUUACAAUGUCCCCAGAAAGGGAGAACAUGCAUUUUGCAUGGCACUUUUGUAGCCGGCAUUGCAAACGUGCCAGAUAUGCUAAACAUCCGUAUGCCCCUUCAUGCUUCAGCCACCAUUCCAGAGGACAUGCUUCCAUACUGAUGCUGCUCAUUAAAAAAAAUAAUGCAUUAAUUAAAUUUGUGAAAACUCCUUAGGGGAGAAUUAAAUGUCCUCUGCUCUGUUUUACCCGUCUUCUGCCAUAUAUUUCAUGUUAGGACAGUCUCAGCUGAUGACCCAGCACAUGUUUUUCAUUUUAAGAAAACUUUCACUGCAGAUUUGACAAAAUGCAAAGCAGGUACCAAUGUAAGAUUUCUAAAGAUAGCUACAGCACUUGAUGCAAGAUUUAAGAAUCUGAAGUGCAUUCCAAAAUCUGAAGGGACGAGGUGUGGCGCAUGCUUUCAGAAGUCUUAAAAGACCAACAUUGUGAUGUGGAAAUGACAGACUCCAAACCACCAAAAAAGAAAAUCAACCUUCUGCUGGUGGCAUCUGACUCAGAUAAUGAAAAUGAACAUGUGUCGGUCUGCACUGCUUUGGAUGGUUUUCGAGCAGAACCCGUCAUCAGCAUGGACGCAUGUCCUCUGCAAUGGUGGUUGAAGCUUGAAAGGACAUAUGAAUCUUUAGUGCAUCUGGCACAAAUAUUUUGCAAUGCCAGCUACAACAGUGCCAUGCGAACGCCUGUUCUCACUUUCAGGUGACAGUGUAAACAGGAAGUGGGCAGCAUUAUCUCCUGAAAAUAUAAACAAACUUCUUUGUCUGUGUGAUUGGCUGAACAAGGAGGAGGACUGAGUGGACUUGUAGGCUCUAAAGUUUUACAUUUUUAUUUUUGAAUGCAGGUUUUUUGUACAUAAUUCUAUAUGUGCAAGUUCAACUUUCAUGAUAGAUUGCACUACAGUACUUAGUUUUUCAAUUCAUCUAAUACAUUUUUCUUUUUACAGUGCAAACACUUGUAAUCAAAAAUAAAGUGAGCACUUUACACUUUG